AUGAAACUGAUCGCAGUCGCCAUUAUCGCGUGUAUCCUGCUCAUUGGAUUCACCGAUCUAGCCCUGGGAUGCGACUGUGAGUGCCAGCCUUGUGGACCUGGUGGAAAGGCCUGCAAGGAUUGUCCCGAAAAGGACCAACUUUGUCAGCAGCUCAUCUGCGAUAUUCGCAAUCUCCAGACGAGGGUCCGCCAGUGCGUCUGCGGAGAACCACAAUGGAUGCUUUAAGAACCUAU